AUGCAAAAUCAGAAGACAAAGACGAUCAAACAGCCGGGGUCGACGACGAUGAGGGUCUCUGUUGCGUGUGAUCGGUGUCGGAAAAAGAAGAUUAGAUGUUUCUACGAAGGUGAUGAUGAGCAGUGUGUCAACUGUAAGAAUGUUGGUUUGGAUUGCAUAUUCACAGACAAACUUGCACGAAAGGCGUUCCCAAGAGGGUACACAGAAUCGCUCGAGGAGAGAGUUAGAGAAUUGGAAUACGAGAAUAAGAAGUUACAGAAGCUAUUGACUUUAAAAGAUGUUGAAGAUGACGAACGGCCAUCAUUACAACAAAAGCAGCAGCCGCAACUCUUACAGCCAGGAGAUGCUUCAUUAUCAUUGCCGUCACAAAUGCAGCCACUGUCACAAGCACAAACACCAAUGCAGGCACAGGUGCAGCUGCACCAAGAACAACAAGCGGCAGUAUCUUUGCUUCGGGAACAAACAAGAUCAUCCAAACCACUUCAUGGAGGAGGCAGGGGUGAGUCACCAAUUGCUGUGCAUGCGUUAAACAUGGAAAAUAUAUCUAAAUUGCAACCAUUUGAAUCCGAGUAUCAUCGUCAUGAUGAGAAUUGUAAUUGUGGAAUGCACCAUUCAGUUAUCAAUCGUCCCGUGUCUAUUGCAGGGUCUGUUGAUGUUGAUCAAGGCGAGUUGAGCGAUGAAGACUCGCUCUAUUCGGCGAGUAACGAGCAUCAGUGGGAGGGGAAUGAAUCUCCAAUCCAUACCAUUGAUAAAAUCAAGGAAUUCAAAAAGCAAAGACAGGCAAAUAAUCAAUAUCAAAGGUUUGUGUAUAAUCCCAACUCUUUUGAACAAAUCAAUGCUCCUGGUGCAGCAGCAGCAAUCUCUUUACAGAACAAACUCAGGACCAAGAAUUUCCUCAAUCUAGCCAAUUUGAUUGCAGCGUCAAUUCCAAGAUCGACGGAGGAGACCUUAUUUAUACCCACUUUAUUGGCCAGGGUUAUCAAAACACAUGGUUUUGACUCGAAAGCUCCAUAUUUAACAGCGAGGUCGAUUGCGUUAUUGAAACAAGCAUACAAUGAGGAUGAAAGAUAUAAGCUAUUCCCCAUAAACUUUCAGGGUAUCAAUUUCAAAGAGUUAAACAAGGAGCAAAGUGUACAAUUUUUCAAUAAUUUGAAUUUACCAAAUAAUAUAAACUUGGAUAUUUGUAUCACGAUUUAUUUCAAUACUUGGAAUAAGACAAUACCGAUUUUAAACAAGGAAAUCUUUAUGAAGAACUAUAAGAAAUUCAUCAAAAGCCGGGAGGUUUCAUAUGAAGAUGGCGAAAUGAUAGGAUUUGAGAAAUUUGGAGAGUUGUUGGUCAUUAUAACUUGUUUAGUUAUGAUCUCAAAUGAAAGAGCCAAUGUAGCCAACAAAUUAAAGAAGAACAAUUUAAACGAGGAAGAUUUGCUGAGUGAUAACGGUAAUGUAAGUAGUAAUCAUAACAAUACUGAUAAUAGUAGUAGCAACAGUAAUGACAUUAACGAAGGUUACAAUAGCAACAGCAAUAACAAUAGUAAGUAUUCUCAAGAUCAUAAUGGAAAUAGUGAUGGAAACAAUAAGAUCAGCAGUAACAGUGAGAUACUACAAUUCUAUGACCAUCUAAUUAAACAGUUAAUUCAGUCCAAUAUGAGUAAUAUAUGUUCCAUAUCCUCCUUACAGAUCAUAACAAUUGAAUUGUUGUAUUGUUUGAAUACUGACGAUUUAAGCAUGAGUUACGAGUUGAGGGGGAGAAUGAUCACCAUGUGUCAGCAGUUAAGGUUACACAGAUGCCCAUCGGCAGUAUUAGGUAGCAAUGGAUCGAAUGUUAGCAGGCUACAACAGGGAGAGAGGAGGAUCUUGUUUUGGUGUAUUUAUACAUUGGAUAGUUUUUCCAGUUUUGUAUUAGGUGUGCCGAGGUUGUUAAAAGAUUAUGAGAUUGAAUGUGCAUUACCUGCAAGUCUAAAGAAUGAACGAAGUGGUACUGGCAAUGACAACGAAGAAGGUGAGGGAGAAGAUGAGGAAGGGAUCAAUUUCAUAACUUUCAAGGAUAACUAUCGUCUAUCUUUAGUUGGUAAGGUAUGUGAGAGUGCGUUGAGUGUGAUGAGAUACUCCAAGGUGUUAGGUACGAUAGUUGACAGUGUAUUCAAGCGAAGCGAUGGGCUGAAACAUAGUAACAUAAAUGAGGGAAAUUGUUUAAUCAUGGAAGAUUUGUUGGAGAGCUGGAAGAAUGGAUUAAGAGAAGGUAUAAACUUCAAGGACGUUGAUAUUGAAUCAAUGAGUGAGGUUCAAUUAAUGUUUUAUUAUCUAUAUUAUCAAGCCAAAUCCUUGAUAUAUAUGCCAUUAUUAGCCAACGAAUCAGGAAAUAUGAUUGAGCACGGUUUGAGGAAUUCAGCGUCAAUGAUCAGUAUCCAGCAAGCUACAAAUAAUAUUUUGAGUAUAUUCAAAGAGAUGAAUUCUCAAAAGCAUGGAUACUAUUAUAUGCCUAUACCGAUCAAUAUGAGUAGGCAAAGCGCCCGGUAUUCUUUAUUGGCAGCCAAGAAUGCAUUGGAAUAUACGAGAGGAGGGUCGUUAUUUCAAGAAUCCAAGACUCUACUAGGUAAUGUGAUGAAGGAAUUGAAAAUCAGUACAAGGAUUGGACUAUUAGGGUGUCUCAGUGAGAAUUGUGUUGCAUGUUUGGAGAGUGCCGUUGAUGCUAUUCUCUCCCAACCAAGAAGCAAGGGGCGGUUAAGAAAUGGAGUGGUUGGAGGUAAAGGACGAGCUGCUGGAAGUAGUACAAUGUCGUCACCACAAAUUGGUGUGAAGGCAAAUAUAGGGCAACAAGGACAGAGGCAAGUUUCAGCAACAACCACAACAGCAACAACAGCAGCAGCAGCGGCGGGGGUACCAUCACCAUUACCACCACAGCAGCACCAACAGUUACAACAACAGUUACAACAACAGUUACAGCUACAAACGCCUUCACAGACGGCACGCCCGGAUGGCCAAGGACGGCAGGGGGUCAAGAGGGACAGAGAUGAAGUGGGUGAGAUGAGAGAGCAAUUUGAGGAAGGAAUAGGAGAAGGAGAAGCAAUUUCUAGGAAAGAGCAAGGUGUGCAACAGCAUGCUCUGAAUGAUAUUUUCAGCAAUAGUUCAGUUGAAGAACCUGUUGGCGUAUCUACAUCACUUCCUACAAACAACACCACGAAUUGCGUCCGUGGUGACGCAACUACGAAUGGCAUUGUCAAUGCCAAUGCCAGUGCACAUACACGUGCAAGUCCCACCGGUUCCCUGCCCGGCUAUGGUAGAGACAAGAAGGACGAUACCGGCAUCGACAUCAACAGUUUCAACAGCAAUGCGUUUGGCGUCGACGCGUCGAUGGGGCUGCCGUAUUUGGAUUUGGACGGGCUAGAUUUCGAUAUGGAUAUGGAUAUGGAUAUGGAGAUGAAUUUGAAUUUAGAUUUGGGUCUUGAUUUGGGGUUGGAAUUAAAAGGGGAUAACAAUGAGGGUUUUCCUGUUGAUUUAAACAAUGGACGUGGGAGGUGA